AUGACUGUAACAAGAAACGUAAGAAUAUUUCGUAUAAAUCAUCCUCUGUCUUGUUUGAUUGACGCAGCACAUUCUUCCAACUUCAUAUUCGUCUAUAUGUAUCAUUCAAUCACGUCUGUGUUAAUAUCUACAUAUUUUCUCUCUCUCUCUCUCUCUGGCAAAUCUAGCAUAUCUCUCUCUCUCUCUCUCUGGCAAAUCUCUCUCUCUCUCUCUCUCUCUGGCAAAUCAGCACAUCAUCUCUCUCUCUCUCUCUCUGGCAAAUCUAGCAUAUCUCUCUCUCUCUCUCUCUCUGGCAAAUCUAGCAUAUCUCUCUCUCUCUCUCUCUGGCAAAUCAGCAUAUCUCUCUCUCUCUCUCUCUGGCAAAAUCUAGCAUAUCUCUCUCUCUCUCUCUCUGGCAAAAUCUCUCUCUCUCUAGCAAAUCAUAUCUCUCUCUCUCUCUCUGGCAAAUCUAGCAUAUCUCUCUCUCUCUCUCUAGCAAAUCUAGCAUAUCUCUCUCUCUCUCUGCAAAUCUAA